CCUGAUUCUGCAGCACAACACUUUCCCAGGACUGCACGCAGGGCCGCCAUCCUGACUGCAGUGUAAUGUGGGCUGCGUGUGAGGAGGAGGUGCGGAGGCCGCAGAUGCAGCAGAACAGGCAGAAGAGAAGGAGUCUGCACUGUUUCCUUGUGAGAACCUGCUCCUGUUCUGAAGACCUGUAGACAAUGGCAUCAGGAGCCGCUCUCGUAGAGAAACUGUGUGUGCAGAGUCCACAGCAUUUCUUCUACUGCCUGUAGCCAGCAGAGUCCAUGGGAGCAGCAGCAGAGUCCCCCUCCUUACUGUGCAGCACUGACUCCCUCCCUGCUCCAGUCCUCCAGGCACAGAGACCCAACCACCAUAGGUCCCCAGAAUGGUCUUAUCUGGCUGUGAUGUAACACUCAGUGAUUGGCACCUUAUGAGUUAUUGAUCUUGGCUGCAUGGCUUGCACACGAGAAUGAAUUUGUUGAUGAACAUCCAAAGUCCUCUGAGGCCAAAAACCUGCACUUCAAUGAGAAAAUGGUUUUAGCUCUACCAAGUGCUAAUUGCACAACGGCACAAGGCCCUGUAAGAUUAUUGGAUGGGCCCCAGCAAUCACAGCUGUAUGAGAGUACAGCAUUGAUGGAAAGAUAUCUCUCUAAACGAUGGAACUUGGCCAUGUUUUUGGAGGAGAGGUACAACAUGCUCUUGGAAAUCGAGUCAUCUGAUGUGGAACCAAUGGAGAAGAUACCAUACCAUACUCCACAGUUUCAGCAGCUGUAUGUUUUUUGGAAGAAAGCCACCACACAUUACAAACAUGAUGUGCCAGUGUCAGCACAAAAAUCUAAAGCAAAGAAAGCUAAGAGACAAAAGGUGUCAGUACAUAGAAAACGAGGAGGACAUAGGACACCAUCCUACCCUACCACCUGGCUAAAGCGCAUUGACUGGAGACAAAAUAAAAUCAUGGUGCAUAAAUUCCAUCCAAUGUUUAGGAGAACAUCCUUGCCCAAGGUACCUUCUCUUGCGGAAGCUGAAAAUGACAUACAUGGCAGAACGUUGUCACCCAGACAUGUGGGGUUCAGUAAGUCAGUCCAUGUCCGACUAAUCCCUCCUCUUCACCAUAAUAGGAGAGCUAGGAUCUCUAAAGAACAUCAAGAUAGAGUCUUCAUCAAUGACCCAGCAUCUCUACAAGACCAGAACCCUGUACAGGAACAUAUCACUGAGAGAUGUGAACAGAGAGAACAGAGUAUCUUGUCGCGCACCAUCAGAUGCAUCAUAGAAUGCCUGUGUUGUAGCGGAUGCUGCACAACAGGUGGGGAAAACUGAUGUAACAGAGGAGCUUUACUAUUUUUUGUGGAGGAUAUUUUUACCACCAGCAGUCGUCCCCUUCAUGGUAUGGUGAGAACAGACAAUAAUAUUACUGGAGAUUAGUAACAUCUUGCAGGUGGUGCAGUGACUAACACUGUUUCCCUCCAGCGCUUGGGUCCUAGGUUUGAAAAUGGGACAAAACCUGCAAGGAGUUUGCAUGUUCUCCCAGUGUUUCCCUGAGGUUCCCCCAGGUACUUUGGUCUCUUUCCAAACUACUUAACAUACUGAAAGGGUUAGAAUAAAAAUACCAGGUGUCAAUGUGUGAUGUAAAAGAGGAUCUGUGAAUCUAAAGAGGGCAGCCCAGGCUAACAAGCUGUAGGAUCUGCAAUAGUUCAACACUGUGGGGUACAGCAAAAAGCGAGAAAGUGCCCAGAGUGUGUAUUUAUGUAGAGCAGUAUCCUUGGUAUAAAACUACACUAUAACGUUUUUUUUGCAAUUGUGGAAAACAGAAUCAUGUGUGCCCCAAAUGGAUUUAAAAAUAGCAUGAAAUCUGAGUGUAUUAAGUGCUGGGCAGCAUUGUGACACCAUUCUAUGUGUCCUAUUUGGCUUAGUAUAAUUUUUUUUUUUUGUUGUGCAUGUAAGGCUGUUUUUACACGAUAAAAAUACUUCCUUUAUAGACAUAAAAAUCAUGAAAACCGGCUAUAACGGAAGUAUUUUUAUAGUGUGAAAGCAGCUUAGAAAUUUGAAAUAAGUCCUGGCUAACAGGUGCAAAAUGUCCAAAACCCCUCGCUGUUAAGUGGUUAGAAGGCUUUAUACUGAUACAAAGAUACUGUCAAAAGUAUUGGCAAAUAUGUUGGCAGGGUUAAUCCCAUCUAUGAUAUCUAAAGAUCAAUGCAGAUUUAGGCAGGGAUAUUCUACCUCAUAUAAUGUGAGGAGACUAUUUUCCAAUAUACAGGAAGAGGGACCACUCCAUCCUGUCACUUGACGCAGUAAAAACGUUUGACAGGGUGGAGUGGCCCUUUUUGUGGAAGGUCCUGGAAGAUUUUGGUGUGGGUAAGAGGUUUGUGAAAUGGGUAAAAAUAUUAUAGAAGGAGAUAGCAAACAGAAUUACCAUAUAUGGCAGACAGAAUGGCAUCAAAUAGCCCAAUUUGGUUGGGAGAGAGUCUUUUAAGGGGUACUCUUUAAAAAAAAAAAUUUUAAAGGGUAACUCUCAUUAAAAAAAAAUUUGCCAUUGCACUCCUUUAUGGUAAAUAAAA